CACUCCAUACACCAAGUAACCAACCACUCCCUCCUUUUGAUUCUGUUCUCUAUCUCUCUCUUACCAAAUCAUUGUCGCUUUUGCUUAUGCAUGCGAGAGUUGAUUGGGGUUUGAGUUUGUUGUAAAGCGGAAAUGGGGUUCGUGAUCUCGAACUCUAGGACUGGUUUGGUAACUGCUUUUGGGUUUCUGGUGCUGAUUUGCUUCUCUGGGUUUGGGGCUCAUGCUCAACUGCUUCCUCUACAAGAAGUGAAAGCUCUUCAAACGAUAUCCCAGAAACUCCAGAAUUCUUUUUGGAACAACAUCAGCCAAAGUUCUUGCCAAGAUGUUGGAUCAAGCUUCAAUAAGAUUAUCACGAGUGCUUUUCUAAGCAAUGUGACUUGCGACUGUUCCUUCGCAAACAAUACUUGCCAUGUCACAAACAUAGUGAUGAAGGGUCUAAAUUUAACUGGAAUUCUACCUGAGGAAUUUGGAAAUCUUACUCAUCUGCAAGAGCUUGAUCUCACUCGUAACUACAUCAAUGGAUCAUUACCUGCAGGCAUUUCUCGUGCCCCUCUUCGAAUUCUGUCUCUUUUAGGAAAUCGACUAAGUGGUUCUAUUCCAAAGGAAAUUGGUGACAUUGCUACUCUUACUCAGCUUGUGUUGGAAGAUAAUCAACUUGAAGGGCCUCUGCCUCAAAACCUUGGGAGUUUGAGUUCCUUGAGUCGACUCCUUCUUUCUGCGAACAAUUUUACAGGAACAGUUCCAGAAUCAUUUGGAAACCUAAAGAAUUUGACCGAUUUUAGGAUAGAUGGCAGCCAAAUCUCGGGCAAAAUACCUACUUUCAUUGGAAACUGGACCAAACUUGACAGACUGGAUAUGCAGGGCACAUUGAUGGAGGGCCCGAUUCCUUCCACCAUAUCUUUGCUGACAGUUUUAACUGAAUUGAGGAUAUCUGAUUUGACUGGAUCAAGUAUGCGAUUUCCUAAUUUGGAGGAUUUGAAAAGUCUGGAAAGAGUGAUUCUGAGAAAUUGCUCAAUUACUGGUUCUAUCCCUGGCUACAUUGGAGAGCUGACAGACUUAAAGCUAUUGGACUUGAGCUUUAACAAGUUGACAGGUGAAGUUCCAACAACCCUUCAAAAUCUUGUUGGUCUAGAUUACAUGUUUUUGACUCACAAUUUACUGACUGGAGAAGUACCAAGCUGGAUAUGGAACAACAAAAAUAACUUAGAUUUGUCUUACAACAAUUUUAGCGGAUCACCUGCAGUUAGUUGUCAACAAUUAUCAGUGAAUUUAAUUUCUAGCUUUUCAUCUCCACAAAGCUCAUGGUGCUUGCAGAAGGACCUCCCUUGUUCCACAAAACCCAAACACUAUUCUAUGUUUAUAAAUUGUGGGGGGAGUAAGAUGGAGUAUGAGGGUAAUCAGUAUGAAUUGGACCUGGGCACUGAGGGGCCGUCAGACUUCAUGUCCUCAUCUGAGAAGUGGGGUUAUAGCAGUACAGGGGUUUACAUGGGGAAGAACGAUGCAGAUUACAGUGCAACGAACACAUUUCUUCUUAAUGUUAAUGGUCCAGAAUUUUAUCAAACUGCCCGCCUCGCCCCACUCUCACUUAAGUAUUAUGGCCUUUGCAUGCUUAAGGGUAGUUACAAAGUGCAGCUCCACUUUGCUGAAAUAAUGUAUACAGAUAAUGAGACUUUCACUGGCCUUGGGAAGCGCAUAUUUGAUGUGUCAAUUCAAGGGAAUUUGGUUUUGGAGGAUUUCAAUAUUAUGAAGGAAGCUGGAGGUGCUGGUAAAGGCAUCGUCAGAGAAUUUGAUGUCCUUGUUAAUGGUAGCACUCUAGAAAUCCACUUAUACUGGAAAGGAAAAGGAACUACUGCAAUACCUGAUAGAGGUGUCUAUGGACCUCUUAUAUCUGCAAUUACUGUGACACCAAAUUUUAAGGUUGAUAUUGGUGGUGGGGGGCUAUCUGCUGGAGCUAUAGCUGGCAUUGUAGUGGCAUCAAUUGUGGCUAUCAUAAUGAUUUUGGCAUUCCUUCGAUAUAUGGGUUACUUGGGGGGUAAAGACCUUGAAGAUAAAGAACUGCGUGGGCUAGAACUACAAACUGGUUAUUUCACUUUACGACAAAUUAAAGCUGCCACUGGUAACUUCGAUCCUGCAAAUAAGAUAGGUGAAGGAGGUUUUGGGCCUGUUUACAAGGUAAAAGGGGUACUGUCAGAUGGUGCAGUAAUUGCUGUUAAGCAGCUCUCAUCUAAAUCGAAGCAAGGGAACCGUGAAUUUGUCAAUGAGAUAGGCAUGAUAUCUGCUUUGCAACAUCCAAAUCUCGUGAGGCUUUUUGGUUGUUGUAUCGAAGGAAACCAGUUAUUGCUUAUAUAUGAAUACAUGGAAAACAACAGUCUUGCCCGUGCACUUUUUGGUCGUGAGGAACAAAGGCUACAUUUGGACUGGAAAACAAGAAAGAAGAUAUGCAUAGGGAUAGCGAGAGGACUGGCUUAUCUCCAUGAAGAAUCAAGGUUGAAAAUUGUUCACAGGGACAUAAAAGCAACCAAUGUCCUGCUUGAUAAGGAUCUGAAUGCCAAAAUAUCUGACUUUGGUUUAGCGAAGCUGGAUGAAGAGAACACACAUAUCAGCACUCGAAUAGCUGGAACAAUAGGCUAUAUGGCACCUGAAUAUGCAAUGAGGGGAUACUUGACUGACAAAGCAGAUGUGUACAGUUUUGGUAUUGUUGCCUUGGAAAUUGUCAGUGGAAAGAGCAACACAAAUUACAGACCAAAGGAGGAGUACGUGUAUCUCCUUGAUGGGGCUUAUGUCUUACAAGAGCAAGGAAAUAUGCUAGAACUUGUAGAUCUGGAUCUUGGUUCAAACUACAACAAAGAAGAGGCAUUGUCAAUGCUAAACUUGGCACUCUUAUGCACCAAUCCAUCUCCCACUCUCAGACCACCCAUGUCAUCUGUUGUAAGCAUGCUCGAAGGUAAAACUCCGAUUCAAGCACCAUUAAGCAAGCGCGGAUCAAAGGAGGAGGAUGCAAGGUUCAAAGCUUUUGAGAGACUAUCACAGGACAGCCAAACACAUGUCUCAACCUUCUCACAAGAUAGUCACGUUAGAGGAACGUCAAUGGAAGGUCCAUGGAUCGAUUCUUCGGUUUCUCUCGCUAGUAAGGAUGAGUCCAACGAACAUUCUUCAACAAGCCACUAUGAUGUAACCUUAUAGUGAAGACAUGAUGAAGGUUUUAAAAUUCUUUCUCAAAGAUUGAUGAAUGAAUGCGUCUGCAAUGGUCUUACAGUUAUUAGUUGCAUGUUAUGAAUGAACACUAUGAACAGCAAUUGUAGAAUUGAAACACAAAAGAAUUGUAAUGUCCUCGUAUAGGUUUUUCAAUCCCGAUAGAAAAGAUAAGACUUCAUGCUAGAUAAUUCAGAUUCCUUGUUCGAUUCGGAUUACUUUCCUUACUACUU